GCUGCUAUACACUCUCGUAGUGGUUUAUUCUGGUAAUAGGUGGCGCUUUGCGCUGCCUUGUUUCGUUAUAGAAUAUGAUGGGGUAUCACAGACCGUCACCUCACCAGUUACAAGUCAAGUGUGUAUCUCUUGGAUUAUUUACACAUUCAUAUCUAAUUUUUGUUUGGACAAUCUCCCAUACUAACACCCGUGGCAAACCACGAACCAACGUGUGCGCACCUUUGCUAUGUUUAUCUAUUAACAGAGUGGAAGGAAGGUGCCCAUCUUUCAGACGUAGCAGACGGUGGUCAUCAACAGCAGCCAGCAAAAAACCUCAGUAGUUGUGAAGAUGCUGUGGAGUCAAAGUGACCAUAGGAGAAGAACGACCGCUGGUGCAGCAACGUUCUAGAUAACAAAAAGAAAAAGAAUACCAAAAAAACCGUUGCACGGCGGUGAGCGUUAACGAUGGGAGUAACACAGCGAGAGGUGGAUGAACAGCCAGGCGGUACCAAGAGAGGGACGUUCUUUUAUCAAUACUUAGCAACUAUAUCGGGAUGUCUGAGCAUAAUCUGCACGGGCAUGCACUUCGGCUGGCCGUCCCCAUCCCUGCCACAGCUGAUCCACGAAAGCUCCUCCAUAGCUGUUACCCACGAUGAAGGCUCUUGGUUAGCUGCGAUGCCCUGCAUUGGCGCCGCAUCUGGGUCCAUCAUAGCCGCUGUCAUCGUGGACAAGAUCGGCAGGAAGACAUCCAUGCUACUCACUUCCCCUCUCUACUUCCUCACCUGGAUCAUGGUAGCGUACUCCCCUUCGGUGAUGUUACUCUACAUCGCCAGGUUCCUCGUUGGUACCUCAGAUGGGGUCGCAUUCACCGUGUUUCCUAUGUACCUGGGGGAGAUUGCCAAUGCCAAGAUCAGAGGCCUGCUUGGAUCAAGCGUGCAAGUGUCCAUGUUUAUCGGAAUGCUGCUCAUAAACUCGAUUGGGUCAUUUUUGGACAUCACUUAUACUGCACUGAUAUCUGCAGGGGUUCCCAUACUCCAUUUCGUCACUUUUUGCUUCAUGCCUGAAAGUCCAUACUAUUUGGUGAUGAAGGAGAACUUAAAAGCAGCGGAAGGGAGUUUGAAGAAGCUAUACAGAUGCAAAGAUGUAACUGAUGAACUGAACGAAGUUAUUGAGAGCGUAAAGGAAGACAAGGCAAAUGAUGGCAAAUUUUGGGAACUCUUCACGAUCAAAAGUAACCGAAAAGCAGUUUUUAUAGUAUUUGGACUACGUGCCUUCCAACAACUCAGUGGUACCAACGUCAUAACCUUUUAUGCAGGUACUAUCUUCAAUGAAGCUGGUAGUGAUGUGCCAUCUAGUAUUUCUACCAUAGUUUAUUUCUCCGUUCAGUUGAUAGUGUCUAUCAUAGCAUCAUUCCUUGUAGACAAAUUGGGGAGAAAACCUUUGUUAAUUUGGUCAAUAAUUGGUUCAGGAGCAGCUUUAGCAAUGGAAGGAGUCUAUGUCUACCUGGACGAUUACACAGACGUGGAUAUGUCCCACUUAAAAUGUGUACCACUUGUUGCCCUUAUAGGGUAUGUUACGAUAUUCAACAUAGGAAUGGGAACGAUCCCUGUUCUGAUGUUAGGUGAAAUGUUUCCUACAAGUGUGAAGGCCGUAGCGCUUUGUCUAGCAGACAUAUUCUUCGGCGUUAUAGUCACUAUUAUCUCCAAGUUCUUCCAAUUCACGAAAGACAGUAUGGGUCUACAUGUGCCAUUCUUCGUUUUCACAUUGUCUUGCAUAGUAGGGCUUAUAUUUAUUAUUCUUUGGGUUCCUGAGACAAAAGGGAAGACCCUGGAGGAAAUCCAACAUGAACUUAAAGGGGGAAAUAAGAAAAAUUCGAAAGUUGAAGGUUCUUAGUGGAUUUUGCUGUGACGUGUUAGAAAUGGCAAAACGUAUUUACGGAGCACUGCAUUUUUUGAUAUUGAUGCCGUAAGUUUUUAGUGUUUUAUUAGAUGUGUAUUUAUUAUUUUUAUAUGAUAUCAGAUGUAUAGCCUUUGGCUUUUUAGAAAAUAAAACAAACCUGAAGAGUUUUAAAAAGAGAUGUAGAUAUAUACGAAUAAAAAAUAUAUUUAGUUUUAAAA